UGCGAUGCGACUCUAGGGCCGGAGAGAGAGGGAGAGAAAAUGGAGGAAGGGAACAGGAGGCGGAGCACCAGGGGCCCCUCCGGCGGUGACACUGCUCGAGCCAGCGCAUUGGAGCGCCUGAAGGCCAUACGCGAGUCUGGGCGCUCGGCGGCCGGUGUGGAUUUCCAAGUGAGGAUCGAGGAGCCCAUCUACGACACCGUCCCGGAGGAGGCUUACGCCGCCUUAGUCGCGAAGCGGCGGGAGGCCGUCAAGGACUUCAUCGUCGAUGACAAUGGCCUCGGCUAUGGGGACCUCGGCGAGGAGGAGGAUUGGGAGCGUACUGCCUACGAGGGCUCAUCCUCCGAAGAUGACCAUGGAGACGACGGGAGGAGUGGCCGCCGGAAGAAGGGCGACUCGAGCGAGACAAAGAAGAAUAAGAAGAAGAAGAAGGACGAGCAAGACCAGGCGAAGAGGCCGUCCUCCCUCUCUGCAGCUGCUGCGCUUAUGGGGAAACAGAGGCUUUCAUCCAUGUUUACGUCUUCAGCUUUCCAGAGGAAUACGGGGAAGGGCAGCAUUGACGAUGCAAGCAUAAUUGAUCAAGUGAUUGCCGAGAUUACUCCUGACGAGGUUGAUAGGGAGAGGCGCCGAAGAAGACCAGGUGCCACAUUCAACACUGCACCGCAACCGAUGUCCAGAUUCCCGAAUUCGAGCGCCACGGCUCUGGGAAAUUCUGUUGUUAAACACGAACCGGCGAUUCUAGGCGUCAAAACAGACACGGCUAACAAGGAAGCGAAGGUUGCGAGCCACGACUUAUUUGAUCAAUGUCACGAUGCAAAACCCCAAUUGCAGUCUUCUGAGGAUGUUCCAGAUAGGAUCCAAGGACAGCAGAAUUCAGGCGUUACUGACGAGGCGGCAAUUUGUGAUAGCGAAGAAGUAGCUGCGCCUAAUUUGGUCGCGAAGGUGGAGGUCGAAGAGAAAAGGGAGGACAGCCAUCGCCUUAAUGCGAAGAUCACUUUUAAAAGUAACCCCGAAUAUGCAGCAACUGCUGGUUGGCAGUCAGUAUGGCAGGGAGAGAAUAAUAGUGCAAACAGUGCUACUGAGUCGAAGCCGGAGUUUGAAAAAAAUUCGGAGUUUUUCCUGGAUUCAGAUGGCUCACUCCCAUUUUUCGUGCUUGAUGCUUACGAGGAACUCCAUGGUGAGAACCGUGGAAAAAUUUAUCUUUUUGGAAAGGUCAAAGUGGGAAAUAGCUAUGCUAGCUGCUGCGUUAUUGUAAAGAAUAUGCAAAGAUGCAUCUUUGCUAUUCCACACGAAUCCAUUUUUCCAGAAGAUGUGACUAUGGAGCUUGAAAGGACUGCAAAGGACUCUGAUAACUCAUCGAGAAUGCUGAGAACAAAGUUACAAGAGAUGGCUUUACCAUUAAAGACUGAACUGUCUAAAGUCCUUAUGGAUGCCAGCAUUUCUACUUUCAGCAUGACUCCUGUAAAGCGUAACUAUGCUUUUGAGAGAAGUGAUGUUGCCCCUGGUGAACGCUAUGUUAUCAAGAUCAACUAUCCAUUCAAGGAUGCAACACUUCCCUCUGAUAUAAAGGGCGAACAUUUCUCUGUGCUUUUUGGAGCCAAUUCAAGUGCAUUGGAGCUAUUCUUAAUCAAGAGAAGAAUAAAAGGGCCUUCAUGGAUCUCCAUUUCAAAGUUCUUCAGUUGUCCACCUCCUCAGCGGGUGAGCUGGUGCAAAUAUGAGGUUGUUGUCGACUCUCCAAAGGAUGUGACAGUUUCGACCUCAAAGGCCAUGCUAGAGAUUCCUCCCAUAAUUGUUGCUUCACUCUCCCUUAAAACUGUAGUGAAUGAGAGGAAGAACACUAACGAGAUAGUUUCUGCAUCUGUUGUUUGCUGUCACAAGGCAAAAGUAGAUGUUCCCAUGGUGACAUCAGAGUGGAACAAGGCUGGGGUCCUUAGCCAUUUCACUAUUGUGAGGAAGCUUGAAGGAGGAAUUUUUCCGUUAGGCUUCACAAAGGAAGUUGCUGAUAGAAAUUCAAAAUCACCAUGUGGUGUUUUGGUGAUUGAGAGCAGUGAAAGGGCCCUUUUGAGUCGCUUGAUGAUUGAAAUGCACAAAUCUGACUGUGAUGUGCUACUUGGCCACAAUAUCUCUGGAUUUGACAUUGAUGUUCUUCUGCACAGAGCACAGGCACUAAAUGUGUUAUGGUCCAAGAUUGGUCGUCUAAAGCGAUCUGUGAUGCCCAAGCUUACAAAAGGAAGCAGUUUGUUUGGAUCUGGAGCUAGUCCUGGUGUAUUGUCUUGCAUUUCAGGCAGGCUUUUAUGUGAUACCUAUUUGUCGUCUCGUGAACUUUUGAAAGAGGCAAGUUAUUCUUUGACACAUCUGGCAAAAUCUCAGCUUGGAAAGGACAGAAAGGAGAUCUCUCCACUGGAUAUUCCUUUAAUGUUCCAAUCAUCAAGCACACUACUGGAACUUGUUGAACAUGGUGAGACGGAUGCCUGGCUUUCACUGGGUUUGAUGUUUCAUUUGAGUAUGCUUCCACUGACACGACAACUCACAAAUAUUGCUGGUAAUCUUUGGGGAAAGACUCUCCAAGGUGCCAGAGCACAGAGAGUGGAGUAUCUCUUGUUGCAUGCAUUUCACGAACUGAAAUAUAUUCUGCCUGAUAAAGCGUCUUAUACUGGGAAGGAUGCAUCAACAAAACGAGGACUGAAAAACUCUAUGGAGGAUGGGUUUGAUGAUCAAAAUAUUUCUGAAAGUGGCACUAAUUCUAUGGGGAAAGAAAAACACAAGAAAGGCCCUGCAUAUUCUGGUGGUUUGGUUCUGGAACCAAAAAAGGGACUUUAUGACAAAUUUAUAUUGCUUCUGGAUUUCAAUAGUCUUUAUCCUUCCAUCAUACAGGAGUAUAAUAUCUGCUUCACAACUGUUCAAAGAAACAAAGAUGGUGCAAUUCCUGCUUUGCCAAGUACCAAAAUUACUGGAGUGCUGCCAAAGCUAUUACACUCUCUGGUUGAUCGGAGAAGAAAGGUAAAGCAAUGGAUGAAGAAUACAUCUGACCGUCACAAGAUUCAGCAGCUUGAUAUUCAGCAACAAGCUCUAAAACUUACUGCUAAUAGUAUAUAUGGUUGUUUGGGCUUUACUAACUCAAGAUUUUAUGCCAAGCCACUCGCUGAGCUUAUAACACUGCAGGGACGAGAGAUUCUACAAAGCACCGUUGAUCUUGUGCAAAACCAGCUCAACUAUGAGGUCAUAUAUGGUGAUACAGAUUCGAUCAUGAUACAUACAGGACUAGAUGAUAUUUCUGAAGCUAAGUCUAUUGCAACAAAGGUUAAAGUUGAGGUAAAUAAAAAAUACCGAUGUUUAGAGAUAGAUCUUGAUGGUCUGUACAAAAGAAUGCUACUUCUAAAGAAAAAAAAAUAUGCAGCUGUUAAAGUGCAGUUUAGCAAUGAUGGAAGUCCCUAUGAGGUAAUCGAGCGUAAGGGACUUGACAUGGUCAGGCGUGACUGGAGCUUACUUUCAAAAGAGUUGGGAGAUUUUUGCCUUGGUGAAAUUUUAUCUGGGGGGUCUUGUGAAGAUGUCGUGGAAUCAAUUCAUGGUCGUCUGAUGAAAGUGCAAGAGGAGAUGAGGAAUGGUGAAAUUGAGCUUGAUAAGUAUGUGAUCAUGAAGACAUUAACCAAGUUGCCUGAAGAAUACCCAGAUGCAAAAAAUCAACCUCACGUGCAGGUGGCUUUGAGGAUGAAACAAAAUGGCAUUUCAUCUGGGUGCUCUGCUGGUGAUACAGUCCCGUAUGUGAUUUGUUGUCAACAGGGACUAUCUGAAUCUGGUUCUUCAACUGGAAUAGCUCAAAGAGCUAGACAUCCUGAUGAGCUGAAGCACAAUGAUGGGACAUGGAUGAUCGAUAUUGACUAUUAUUUGUCACAGCAGAUCCAUCCUGUUGUAUCACGUUUAUGUGCCUGCAUAGAAGGAACUAGCCCAGCUCGUCUUGCUGAUUGUUUGGGGCUUGAAUCAUCUAAGUUCCAGCAUAAAAGCAGCGAUGCUGUAAACAAAGAUCUAGACAGAACACUUGUAUAUGCCGAAGAUGACAAUGAGAGAUAUCGUGGUUGUCAACCUCUGUGGAUAGCAUGCCCCAGUUGUUUCACAACAUUUGAAUGUCCUGCUACGUCAAGUUUGCUAGAAUGCUCAGGAAGUGAGAAGUUGGAUUCUGAAACAGAUAAAGAAAGUGAGAAUUUCUGGACCAAAUUGCACUGCCCUAAGUGUCCAAUUGAAGAUGAAAGAAGUAGAAUAUCCCCUGCAAUCAUCGCUAACCAGGUGAGAAGACAGGCAGAGAAGUUCAUUUCGAAAUACUAUAUGGGGCUGAUGACAUGCGACGAUGAACUUUGUCAAUACACUACUAGGUCGCUGAAUCUGCGGGUUAUGGGAGACUCAGAAAAAGGAACCAUAUGUCCCAAUUAUCCUCGUUGUAAUGGGCAUCUUGUACGGCAGUACACUGAGGUUGAAUUGUACAAGCAGCUCUCAUAUUUCUGCCAUGUGUUGGAUACGGGACGCUGCUUGGAAAAGAUGGAGACCGGAGUGAGGGUGCGGUUUGAGAAGCAAUUUGCAAGGAUCCGGCAGGUGACCGAUCUAGCAGCGCAAUCAAUAAAAAGAAUCCGAGAUCGAUGUGCAUAUACUUGGAUUAAACUUGAGGAUCUUGCUCUUUUGAGUGUUUAAUGCCAAUUAUUUUGUAUUAUUAUUUGUUGUACAGCAGGAUGUUUGAAAUGGUUACCGAUAUGCGAAUAUUGGGGGUGGGUGAGUUGAGUCGAGAUGUAUUAUUUUCACUAUGUCAACCUCUCAGAGGAAGAGUACAGUUGUUUAAGACGGGAAACAUGUAUAAUUUAAAUCACAUCAAUCUGCA